UCCAAGCGAUCGAGACGCGUGUGACAAAAAGCAAAUGAGUGAGCAGUGAUUUAAGUUCAAGGAUCGGUAUAAAAUACAACUAGUGAUUAGUGAUCAUAAGGAAUACUAGCCAAAACAAAUAUGGAUAAACUAAAGUACAGCCGCUGUCCGCUCAAGAAGCGUCCGAUAAUGGUGGAGGAGUCCUGUCCAGAGGAUCACUUGAGUCAUGAUGAAGGACCCGUCGACUUGAGUGUGGCCUCGGCUGCUGUGCCCUUGGAACCCCAUUGGAUGGCCAAGGCGGAACCGGAACCGGAACCCCAAACGGUGCCCACUGAGAUCAAACGCCGCUUCGAUGCCGCCAUGAAUCAGACCAAGGAGCAGUUGGCUCGUCGAAUUUGGGAGGAGACCCGUGAGAUAGCACGUGCUUUCCCAGACGUCUUCACCCGCGAGGAGAUCGCCAAGAGUCUGGCUCGCCUGGGCUACGGAGAAUUCGAAUUGCCGCCCGAGGAGGAGGUAAUGGAACCGGAACCGGAACCGGAACCAGAGAUCCCACUUCCCUAUGCCAGAGAAGCUAAUCCAACGAUCAUCAAAAUGGAACCCACCGAAGAGGAGCACUUUCCCCUGCGAAACUACAAUAAUAAUCUACUCAAGAGCAUAGCCGAGUACGAGGAUUGUAUGAAAAUGCAGACGAUCAAGGAAGAGAUUCCGAUUCCCCCGCCCCAGAUGUACUAUCCACCACCAGCUACUCCUCUCACCGAACCCGAAGAUCUUUCGCUAACUCAGCGGCGAGUGCUGAGUGAGAAUAUGAAUCUGCAGAAUGUGGCCAGAGCUUUGCUCAGCAUGCAGCACAUGGCACCACCACCGCCGCAGGACUUAAUAGAUCAUCAGGAGGAUCAGGAGAACCAGGACCUCAACCAGCUGAAGAUCAAGAGCAGCAAUGAUCUGUACUACCAGUGCCAGCAGUGCAACAAGUGCUAUGCCACCUAUGCUGGAUUAGUAAAGCAUCAGCAGACGCAUGCGUAUGAAAGCACCGAGUACAAGAUCAUCAGGAGUCAGCCUGGAGGAUCGGGAGCUAUAGUGGAUCAGACGGAGUUCUGCACAGAUCAGGCUUCGGCUUUAAUCCAAGCAGCUAAUGCAGCAUCGGCGCAGAGCAUGCAAAAGCCGGUGGGAGUGCCGAGAUAUCAUUGCCAGGAUUGCGGAAAGAGCUACUCCACCUAUUCGGGUCUCUCCAAGCAUCAGCAGUUUCACUGCCCUUCGGCCGAGGGCAAUCAGGUGAAGAAGGUGUUUAGCUGCAAGAAUUGCGAUAAAACUUAUGUUUCCCUGGGAGCUCUAAAGAUGCAUAUACGUACCCACACUCUCCCCUGCAAGUGCCCCAUUUGCGGCAAGGCCUUCUCGCGACCUUGGCUGCUGCAGGGUCACAUACGCACUCAUACAGGGGAAAAGCCCUUCAGCUGCCAGCAUUGCAAUCGCGCCUUUGCAGACAGGUCAAACCUUCGAGCCCAUAUGCAAACCCACUCGGAUGUGAAGAAGUACUCCUGCCCCACCUGCACCAAGUCCUUUUCGAGGAUGAGUUUGCUAGCCAAACACCUGCAAAGUGGCUGCCAGAGUGGGGAAAACGGACCCAGUGGCUCUGGGGGCGGCUUCAAUCAGCAGGAGUUGCAGCAGCAUAUGCAGGGCUACGAGGAGAACCUCAAUCCCCAUCCCCAUUCCCACCAGGUUUACUACGCCGGCAGUGUGGGCAGCAGCAACGGUGAGGAGGAGGAGGUGGGCGACUACUCCCUGCCCAAUCCACCAGCCAACCAAGUCAUCUAUUAAUUAACAACCUUAAUCUAAGUCAGUUUAGCCAAAGUCAGGGAAAAGAUUCAGUGCCAAAAAUUAGUCAGGGCAAUUUUAUUGCCUCUUAGGGUCUCUAGUUUAUCACAAAAAUAUUUAUUUAUCUCUAGUUAUCGCUAAAUUAUUCAAAUAGAGAGAGCUUAGUCCUAGAUUGUUUUCGUUGACAAUUCCUUGUAUUAUAAAUCGUUGUUAAAACUCAUAGUGUACAAAUCAAAAAAGGUGCCAGAGAAUAAACCCCCCUAUAUACCAUGUAUACCACAUACACACUUAUAAUUUAAUCUUAUAAUUUAUUUUAAUUUAGUUCUUAUGAUUUAAGCUUUGUAAAUAUGGUGAAGGUAGCCAUUUACGCGCAUGUAUUUAAUUUUAAUUUUUUUAAUGAAUAAAAAAAACCAC